UAGUUUUGGCCUCCAAACUUUACGACUUUUGUUAGCCACUUGCUUGUAAAGUAAUGAACUCUCUUAAGUAAAACAAAAAAAAUGACAAAAGUAGUUCAAUCCUAAAAGAAGAAAAACAACAUACCACUCCCAAUUUAACUUUCCGAAGAUUUACACCACCUGGCCCGAAAUUUAUGGGGGAUUCUUUCUUUUCCCAUUAUUAUUAGAACAAAAUCAAAUCUUUCCUUAAUUCCAAGUACAAGUAUCAUUUAAUUCAAUCCCAAAAACAUGGGUUGUCAAAUUUUGCAACUAAUUAUUGUAACUGUAACUCUGUUAAUCUCUGCUUCUUAUGCUACUGAAUACAUUCGGCCUAAACCUCGUCAACUUCUUCAUUUUCCAUGGAAUCGUCGCAGCUCCACCGAACCCCAACAGGUACAUAUCUCAUUGGCAGGAGACAAUCAUAUGCGAAUUUCAUGGGUUACAGAUGAUUCAUCUGCUCCUUCUAUAGUUGAAUAUGGAACAUCACCAGGACAGUACUCUGCAAAAGCUGAGGGGGAGAGCACCUCCUACUCUUAUAUGCUAUACACAUCAGGAAAGAUACAUCAUACUGUUAUUGGGCCACUGAACCCUGACACUGCAUACUUCUAUCGUUGUGGAGGGGAAGGUCCAGAGUUCCAGCUGAAAACUCCUCCAGCUCAACUACCGAUUACUUUUGCUAUUGCUGGUGAUUUAGGUCAAACGGGCUGGACAAAAUCAACGUUGGACCACAUAGAUUUAUGCAAGUAUGAUAUGCAUUUGCUACCAGGAGAUCUUUCCUAUGCUAAUUACAUGCAACAUAGGUGGGACACAUUUGGUGAACUAGUGCAACCACUAGCUAGUAGUAGGCCUUGGAUGGUUACGGAAGGAAACCAUGAAAAAGAAAACAUCCCUUUAGUGAAAGAAGGAUUCCAAUCAUACAAUGCACGAUGGAAAAUGCCAUUUGAGGAGAGUAGUUCAAGUUCCAAUCUUUAUUAUUCUUUUGAAGUGGCAGAGGUGCAUGUUAUCAUGCUUGGUUCAUAUACAGAUUAUGAUGAAUACUCUGAGCAAUUUCGUUGGAUAAAGGAUGAUCUUAAUAAGGUAGACAGAAAGAGAACUCCUUGGUUGAUUGCUUUAUUCCAUGUCCCUUGGUACAAUAGCAACACGGCUCACCAAGGUGAAGGAGAUGAGAUGAUGUCAUAUAUGGAACCAUUACUCUAUGCUGCUGGUGUAGACAUGGUGCUUGCUGGGCAUGUGCAUGCUUAUGAACGAUCGAAUCGAGUGUAUGGAGGUAAAUCUGACCGUUGUGGUGCCAUCCAUAUAACUAUUGGUGAUGGUGGGAACUCUGAGGGUUUAGCUCGAAGGUAUCAAACUCCGCACCCUGAGUGGUCAGUAUUCCGGGAAGCAAGCUUUGGCCAUGGGGAACUCCAGAUUGUGAACACAUCUCAUGCUUUCUGGAGCUGGCAUAGGAAUGAUGAUGAUGAGCCGGUUAAAUCAGAUGAGGUCUGGAUAACCUCUUUAGCUAGUUCAGGAUGCCUUGCAGACAAGGCACCUGAAUUCAGGAAAAUACUUUUGGAGCCAUAGGACUGUCAGAUAGUAGCAACUGUUUUCGUAUUCCACUAUUCCUGUUAUCAGUUAGCAGGAAUCCAUGUAGAUAUUGUCAUCAAAUCAUGUUUGUACCCUGACUAAAGAUGGCUAUAGAGCUUGUUUUUGAACCUCUGCCGCUAGAGGGAUAUCUGACAGUCUUGGUUUUAGCAGAUCCUGUAUCUUGCUUCUGUACUGGAAUUUGUGUCCACUACAGCUUAUGUUGCUAUUAUUGUUUUUGUAACUGCGUGGUGUAAUCUAAAAUUUCACCAUUGUAGUACACAUUGUUUAUAUAUAUAGAAGUGCUCAUAUAUCGUCCUGUUUAAUCUUGGACCUUUUCUGCA